AAUUCGUGGUAAAUACGUAGAGUUAAACAACAUGGCAACGCCGUACUUGGAAACAUCAGGGAUCCGAUUCUGGAUAUCUCAGUUUUGUAUUGUUAUACCGUGAUUAACUUGUUAUAAAAAAUUAUUUAAGACAGAACUCAUUCACUGUUGCCAGAUUUAUGGUUAGCACGGAUUGUACCUGGAGUCGGUUGUAGCCAAGUUGCGUUCUACCAGGUUCUACCAAACAGGUGCUUUUGACGUCACGUCAUCGCAUUCGUGAGUUGUGGAUUUGCUUCGAACAUUCUAAUUUAUUUGAAAUUAAUUAUCAUGUCAAAAAGCAAACUUCAUCAUCAAGUUGACAGCAGUGUCGUCGCAGUAAAAAGUAAAUUUGAUGCAGAUAUCAUAAGAUUUUCAGUCAACCGUAAUGAAGCAAUUAAUUAUGAAGAUUUUAAAAAGUUAUUGGCUGAGCGACAUGAUAUUGGUCCUGACUUAACUUUCCUCAUAUGGUACACAGAUCCUACCGAUGGUGAUUUAUUACCCAUUAACAAUGACAACAAUUUGGCAAGGGCAUUACUGGCUGCAAAACCUCUACUUAGAAUUUUUAUUCAAAGAAAGGGAGAUGGAUUAGAAGACAUAAAUGGAUAUGGGACAAUAAAACCAAAAAAUUUAAUAUCGAGUAUUCUUGGUGGCACACCUGGAAAACCAAAGUCAUUAGCUAUAUCUAAUCCUCACGAUUUUAGACAAGUAUCAGCAAUAAUUGAUGUAGACAUAUUACCAGAAACUUGUCGUCGUGUACGAUUAUUGAAACACGGUUCUGACAAACCAUUAGGAUUUUAUAUUAAAGAUGGAGAAAGUUUUCGAAUAUUGCCGCCAUCUGCAGGAGGUGGGAUUGAAAAAGUACCAGGUGUAUUUAUUAGUAGAUUAGUACCAGGUGGCUUGGCUGAAAGUACAGGUCUUUUAGCAGUAAAUGAUGAAGUGCUUGAAGUGAAUGGUAUAGAAGUUGCUGGAAAAACUUUAGAUCAAGUCACAGAUAUGAUGAUCGCCAAUUCUUCGAAUCUCAUAAUCACAGUAAAGCCAGCAAAUCAGCGAGCAGCAUUAGCUGCACCAAGACGUGGAUCAUUUUCACGUAAUAGUCAAUUGUCUUCUGGAAGUCAUCAGUCGACACAAAGUGCUGCAACUGGUAGUGAUGAAGAUGCAGAUGAAAUUGUAGACUUAACUGGCGUAACAUUACAGGAUGAUGCAACAACUUCAACUUCACAACAUCAUCAUUAUCACCAUCAUCACCAUCAUCAUCAAAAUCACUAUAAUCACGAUCAAGGUGUUUUACAUUUAUAAAUAAAUGCACUACAUAAUUCUAUUUAUAUUAUGCCAUGCUCAAUUGAAUAUUGGUUCAAAUAUUCGUUCAUCCAAAAAAGUAUUUAUAAAUAAGCAUAAAAUAUAACAUGACAAUAAGAAAAUGAUGUGCUAAAGUAAAUGAAGCAUUAUGAAAUCAUGGUAGCUACUGUUUACAUAAUUUAAUGAUAAUUUAGUUGAAUUAGGCACCAAAAUGAAUAUUAGAUUCACAUGAAAUGAACAUUUUCAUAGAAGAUUGUGCCUUUUAAUAUGAUACAUACAUUUUCCAUUAAAAUCAUUCUGUAAUAUUAUCACUUAUUCUUACUAGAUCAAUAUUGUUUCGAAAAUUCAGUUCUAUAACUAAAAUCAUUAAAAUUAAAAAUAUUUUUCAUAUAUAAAAGAGAGUAUUAAUACAAAAGUGAAACAUAAGCAAAGAACAUAUCUCUCCCUUUAUGAAUCAAAAUUAAAUUGUUUAAUUUUGUACUUAUUUAAUAAUAUGCAUUUCUUACUUUAAUACUUUUUGUAGCUAUAUACAAAUAUUAUAUACAGAAGGUAUUAAAGUGACAAAUUGAUCCAUGUAAAACAAAAAAUUAUAAUUAAUGAAAAAGCAUAAUAUAUAAUUAUAAUCGGAAUAUAAUAACAAAAAAUUUUUCGCAUGAUACUUUUAGUUGCAAUAGAAACAAAAAGUAUUAUAUAAGAAAAUUUUCUUUAGUAUUUACUUGAAUACAAUGUGUAUACAUAUAUUUUUUAUCAAUCUGUUGAAAAGACAUGUAUGGAGUAUAUUAUAUGAUGAUAUGAUAGUAUGAUAUAUAAGAGCAUUAUUGAAAAACAGCAAUAUUUUUGAAGUAUUAAAAUAAUAUUUAUAGUUCUUAAUAUAGGAAACGCAUGAAGUGUACUUAAGUUUUACUUUUAAUUUACUUAAAUUUCUACUUAAUGGCAUAAACCGUGAAUAGAGAUUUAAAACUGUAAUGUAUAAAACUAUCUUUUCAGAAUUAUAUUUUAUCAUUCAAUUGGAUAAUUAGCAAAGAAAUCUGUUGUUAAUUAACACAUUGUUCGUCAUUUCAUAAAAUAUCAAUUUUUCAAUUGAUUUUAAUCAUUUUAAUAUGUAUAUAAUGCAAAUAAUUAGAUUUAAUAACUUAAUUUAUCAUUCUAAGUAGAAGCCUUUAUUCAAUGAUAAAAGAAAGUGUAUAUAUGAAUAACAUAAGAGGAUGAAAUACUAAUAUAAGCGUCUUAUUUUAAAUUGAAUGUACGGACUCAAAAAAAACUGAGUGGCCUUAUACUUAGAUCAUUCCAAUGUUUUUUAUAAAAAUGCAAAACUGGGAUUAUUCCUACUCUGAUGCAUUCGGAAACAUAUUUACUCGUAUAUGUAUUCUGUUCAUUUUACUGUAAGUUUAGAGUGUUGAAGUUUUCGAAUUUUAAUUCCAGUUUUAUAAAUGUUAUUUGUUAUCUAAUUGAACACUAGAUAUUAAAAUAUACUUUACAAAUUUUAGAUGUAAGAACAUAUAAAAUUAUGAAACAUAUUUAUAUACAUGUAAAAUAUUUUCUUUAUAUAUUUGUGCCUUCAUUGUUUUAUCCAUGAAUAUAAAAAUUGGAUUGUGAUGAAUUGUAUCACAUUCCAUUUACAUAGAACUUUUGUAGUGCAAGAAAUAUAUACAGUGUUUCACUAAUUAUGUUGUACGAUUCUAAAUUGAUCAUCGAUUCUAAAUUAGGUUGACAAAAAUACAUGCAUGCAUGGAUAAAAGCAGAAAAAUCUUACCGUAAUACAAUUAUAAAUUAACUCGUAGAAAUAAAUUAAUCAUUAAAAUA